GUGUCAACAGGGAGAAAGAGAGCGGCGGCGCAGUUAGUCAGUGAGGGGCCGAGGUCCAUCCAGCCAGCUCACUCACGCACCACCACAACCGCGUCUUCUGCCUGUCCGCCGCCAGCCGAUCAGCACCGCGACAAUCUCCAUCCACAUCGCCAGUUUGGCAACAUAUCACGUUCUCUUCUUAUUGCGUGUGACAUGCCUCCUGCGCUGUUAGUGUAAUGAUUAUGUAAGUGUAUAUUGUCAGGAGCGGCAAGUGCUCAGAUAAUCGUGGAGUGAUUGCGGUUUAAUUCUGCAGCCUUUCAUCAUCCCCCGGAUGCCUACGCACGGCGCACACGUUGCACUAUUGCGGCACCCACCAUCUGGACGUCGCCGCAAGCCAUCACGACACAUGCCUGCAGUCUGGAUGGCAACGCUAGUGUGCCUCUUGGCAGGGAUGGCACCCUUGGCCCAGGCCAUCCAAGUCACAGAAUGCAGCCUUCCAGCUUCAGGCGUUUUUGUGUCCAUUAGUUCAGAGUUGGAAGUGGUUGGCAACAAAAGUCUAAGAUACCUAGUAAUCAACUGGUUUGGUAUAAGCCCUCAACAAGGGGAUUAUUUGGAAUUGGUGCACACUAGCACUGGAGAAGUCCUUACGAAGCUGACUGAAUCAGAUCUUAAUGGACCUGAUGGAUGGUUCAUAUCCAAUACUACGUGGGACGGAUCUCUCAUCCCAAACAAUCUCCAGGAUUUAACAGAGUCGUGUCUCCCAUACAAGGCAAACUAUGUGCAUGACAACAAUUUUCUGUACUCAUCAUGCUUGAUGAUCCAACCUCAUUGGAUGCAAACACUGAAAAUGGAUCUGUGGGAUACUCGUCUCACAAAGGUGGUCAUUCCAGGGACUCAUGAUGCAGGAGCAACAGCACACUUUACUUCGACUGGCGCUGAAAAUGUGGUGGGUCGCUGGACUUUCACGCAAGACGAGAGUUUUUGGCAACAACUGGUGAUGGGAGUUCGUUAUUUAGAUAUGAGAAUUAGUUACUACAAUAAUACAAAGGAGAAAUUUUACGUUAAUCAUGGAGAAAUCAUCAUCGCUCCUCUCCGAAAAUAUAUUUAUGAUGUUGUGAACUUCAUGAACCAAACAGAAGAGAUACUUAUCUUUGACAUUCAUUCUUUAGAACGUGGUUUCAGUGGUUACCCUGAACGUCAACACGAGUUGAUAGCACUAAUAGAGUAUAAUUUUGGGUUAUGGAUGACGCCUAGAGCUCUAGAGCCCAAUCCUACAAUGAGUGAGCUGUGGAAAAAUGGUUACAGGUUGAUAGUGACAUAUCCAUCCAGUGAAAUUUCCAGUUCUCAGUUUCUGUGGCAUCCCGUGCACCAUCUCUGGGGAAAUGUCAACAAUCUUGAGGAUCUGGAAGCGUAUUUAUACACUGGUAUUCCACAGCAAAUGAAUCGGGGCUCCCUUUGGUCAGCUAUGGCGGAAUUCACACCUUCUGCCACGGACGUUGUCUUGAACAAAUGGAAAGGUCUUCGUGGAGCUGCUAAGAUAACUAACUUCCCUGUUACCAAUUGGUUCCGUCAAGACUGGUGGGACCAAGUGAAUAUAAUUGCCAUGGAUUUUCUUCCACUAUCAGAUAUUGCUUUCGUGGCAGUGGAAGCCAACAAACUGCGGAAACUUUGCCCUGAAGGGAAAAAGAGUGUAUCGCGCCAGGCUAAACGGUGGUCAUCAUCCAUCAAUACUAGUGCAAUGAAGAACAGCAAAAAUAAAGUAGAGGAUUCAAUGGUGUGUGCUGACCUGGUGGGAGCCGGCGGGGUGGGCAUCCGCGUGUGGCCCAGCUUGAAGGCAUUACCAGAUAGGCAUUCCAAGACCAUGCACUUCAGACUGCUUCAGGUUAACUGGGAAGCUGAACGACUACUGGAGGGAGACUGGGUAGGUGUGUUUGAGGAUGACCCGCGACCGCCUCAUCUCAGACCGCUGCCCACACCGAUGCCACCCACCUCGCAUCGCGACUGGAGGGCACCACAACCAAUCUUCUGGGACACCCCGUUCGCGACUCAAGGCACUUUAACCACCAACUACACGCAAUCCCGCAUUGAGCUGAGUAUACUGGCGCGUGGUGGAUGUGUGGGCCCAUACGUGGGCUUUGUUCGGAACGGAGUGUGCGUGGCUGCAGAAUGCCUGGCAUCGCACCCUACUUGGCUCUAUGAUCAUAGGGCUGUACUAGGAAACCGUUCCCUGAGAUCAUUAGUGCUGCCUGGGACACAUAAUGCGGGAUCUUACUCCCUCGCAGAUGACAACGAUGUGGUGGCAUCUUGGGUGGUGUGUCAAGACGAAGAUAUCCUUUCGCAGCUCCUCUAUGGCAACCGGUAUCUUGAUCUACGCGUCGGCUACUAUCCAGAAACUCGAGAGCUGCUAUGGAUUAAUCACGACCUGGUGCGCUGGCGACCCCUUCAAGAUGUACUAGACGCCGUGCGGGGCUUCCUAGCACUUUCUCCUGAUCCGCUGAUUAUCGAUAUCCACCGUACACCAGUUGGAUUUCAACUCCCUGAGUCUUUGGAGCUAAUGUUGUCCCUCAUGAACACGACGUUAGGGAGCCACUUCGUGCACAAUCGUCAUGGUCCACAUGUCACGCUUGACGACUUGUGGCAAAUGGGAAAGCGUGUUGUUUUUACGUUUAUCGACCCCACUGUCUCGGACCACACGCCAUGGGUGUGGCCACCACUGCCUCAGGCAUGGGCCAACGCUCAACUUGUGGAUGAUCUUAGGACAUUCCUCGAUGCAGAGAUGAACAUGAGGUUUGAGUCUCCUCGUCUAUGGGCGGCGAUGGCUCAUCUCACGCCAUCACUUUGGGACCUACUAUUUCGAUCACACAUUGGUGUCCGCGGCCUCGCUGAUCGUGUGAAUUUCUCCAUCACUCGCUGGCUGCGCCAGCGGUGGGGGCACAUGGCUAACAUUGUAGCGUCAGACUUCUUCAGAGGCAAUAAUAUUAUUAACGUUGCUAUCAGAACAAAUCUUGCCCUGUCUAUGUGUCGCCCUUCUGACCCUUCACGCCACCCUUACACUUUGAGAUGGACCACGGAACUUGCACUGCGUUCCGGAUCUCCUUCUACCACCAUCCCGCCAUUCGUCAGGAGAAUGUACUCCGGUGGAACCAUGUGGAGCACUACAGGUGUGCAUCGGAUCCAGUAUCCCUUCAUUCCCAUUGACGCCAACAUAAGUAAGGUCUUCACUGCCAUACCAAACAGAAUUCCUUCAGAAGCUCCAGGAGUAACGUAUCAAGACAACGGAGAUUCAUGGCACAAAAUAUUUCAUUAUCCAACAGACGGGCCCCCUCAGCCACCUGUAUCAACCACGUCUCGUUCCCAUAGCCAGCCUUCCAGUUCUACAACAUCUCCAUCUGUGGCAGUAAAAUCCUCACCCACAGCCAACGUUGAGACAGACAUGGCUAAUUGGGAUGACGUCGACAGUCAAGACUUCCUGGAUGAGGCGUUCCCAAAUGGAGUGAAUGAGAAUGCCCCUAUUAUUGCUACCGAAUUGCCUCUUCCUUUACCGCGUGAGUUUGGCAACAUUGAACUUGAGUCAGACGUGUUCAAUAACACCAGCACUCUACUGUCUACAAACAACAGAACUCUGAUUCAAAAUCAACCCAUUCACUUGGACAAAGGAGUAAAGUUUGGGAUCGACAAUGGUAACUUAAAGAAUGAGUCUACGUCGUCGCCUGGCAACAUCGAAAAAACUAAUGAAUCCCUAUUACUCAUGAACAAUGAUACGCUGAGCGACUCAUUGUCAAUAAUAAAUAACACAGACAGUAGUCCUUUAUCAACCAUAAUAAUUCCUACACAAGACAAUUAUGACUUACCAGUCAACACCACACUUCAAAAUUCGUUGCAAGUCACUAACAAGAGCACAGACGAUGAGAGCUACUUGUUAGUUGGUGAUGAUAUGAAAAGUAUAAAAAACUCGUCUUCUGUGUAUGAUGAUGCCUUAAUGGUAUCCACACCAGUCAGGAUGCUGUUCGGGCAAAGUCAAACCAACCAAUCAACCAAUAAGGGAGUUACUCGUAGGGUGUGGCACUCUGACAGCGAUGCGGCAGGCACUGAAUCCAUUAACGACCUAAGUGAGAGUGAUCUCUUGGUUCUGCCUCAACAUCAGACACUAGAACACUCAUCAGAGCAGCUUCAGCUGCCAAAACCAUCGACAAAAGUGGUUGGCACUCAUACAUUAACAAAAUAUUCUAGUGUUUCUGAUGUACAAUCACAGGCUGUAGUGAAAGAACAGGCUAGUGCUCCUACAAUUACAGUAUAUCCUGGCACUUCUAUAUUAAAUUCUCAGUCUGGUGUCGCAACAAAAAAAGUACAACCUACCACUUCUACAGCAACGACACCUAUCGAAGUGGUUGAACUUACAGGAACGAAGUCGUCGUCUCAAGUCACUUAAGAGAUUAGUGUAUUGUCCCUAUUUUUACAUUAAAACGCAGAUGUUUGACUAUCUGCUGCCUCUAUAAAUCGUCUUCCUUCUUGCUUAACUAAGAAUACUUGGAGGCCUCAUCUUAUAAAACUGAGGACAGCUACAAAUAUAUAGGAUUGCGUAAACAAUAGAAUGAUUCUCUAGAGUUAUUUAUGUUUCGUUCUUGUCCGAUAAUCUGUCUGCAGGAUAGUAUCUUUCAUUUGUUAUCCUUUCUUCAGGUGAGAUCUUUUAACCGAUAUUGCCACAAUCGUAAAAACGUUUUAAAUAAGCAACAAUAAUAUUCGUGAAAUGUUAAGCAACAGAGCAAGAGGUUGAUGAUACAAAGUACAGAUACAGAGUACGUGAUUUCUCGAGGUGGACACUAUUUACCACUAACUUUGUGUGACCUCCUUCCUUGUUAUUUGUGAACAAUAUGUGAUGGUCAGACGCGCAAUUAGUUGAUAUCUGAUUGAGUUGACCAACCACGUCAGCAGGAAUGGUCUUCAAUGACAGGUGUAUACGCAUGCUAUAAUCAUUUUGAAAGUUUAUAAGUAGAACAAAAUAUUUUCAAUAUGAGUAAAACAUAGCUAAUCUUAUUUAGCUCAAAAUCUAAACGUUAUAAGCAUCUUGCCUAUUAGCGCUUUCGUACAUAGUGGUGAAAAAGGAGUAAAAUACCGAGAAAGAGCCAAACAUUCACGUUAUAAUUCUGGACUCGUGGCUAGGGUUAAGCAGUGUAAUCUCUAGAGAUGAAGUGAAAUGUGUUUAAACUGAUGCUGAAGCUUGGAAUUUGUUACCUAUAGUAUUCAGCUUAAUAGGUUAAUUCCUCUAGCUAAUGCAUUCAUACACACAUGGUUGGUGAUGAAUUAAAUAUUCUACUAUUCUGACUGGUGCCUGAGAGAAAGAGACGGUAGUUACCCGGCCUGUUGCUAUAUAGAAAAUAUAAAAGCGGAAGAAAAACUUUAUAAUAUACUAUGGAGUAAUUAACCAUUUACGCAUUUUGACUUCCCAGUCACUGUUCCAUGUCACUCUUUACUGAAGUUUACAGGUACUUAAAUGCCUCUCCAUCUUGUGGUUUGUCUCCUUGAGUUGGUUUUUCGAAACGUCGUGUCAAACAGUAGGCGUGCACAAUUCUUCUGCUAAGUCAAAUCCCUACUAGAGGAGAAGAGCAAUAGAUCUGCGUGUGAGUUACACAACAAAUCUUUAAGAUCAUAAAAAGAUCGCUCCCAUUAUCGUUCAUUGAACACCCUACACACUAGUGUCGUGCUGCUGAGGGUAUCACUCAGGCUGGUUAGAUGUUGUUCUAAUUUCAACUUCAAUAAUGAGUGCUCGAAGAUAAAACAGUCACAUACAAAAAUGAAAAUCCAUGUUGAUUUACUGUAAUAAAUUCAUACACAGGCACUGUGACAGUUGACUACCGUCAAAAGCUAAGAACAUUAAAUCACAUAAACAGAUGAAAGGCAAAUAUAAAGAAUAAAAAAGGUUACUAGUAGAUUCAUAUGAUGAUCACUGUUUACGAAAUCCGUCCGAGUCUAUCGCAAUGUAAGACGCCUUGACUUAUAGGUGGAUGAGAGAACAUAAUAUUUUCCUCAUAUGAAACGUCAACUUCCAAACUUGCGGUGUCAAAUUUGUAUACUGGAAAUAACAAGACGUAUUUUUUUCAUAGGAGUUUGACUCAGCUCCUUACUCGCAACAUCAUGGCAGUAGCCCAAAGAAUUAAUUACUUACUUUUGUCCUUCAAAUAAAAGGCGACAAAGUACUACUUCUUUUCUGAACAGUGACUUAGCACCGAAGAAAUUAAAAUAAGAGUUCCGAUUUCCUUACAAUAUAUAUAUAUAUAUAUAUAUAUAUAUAUAUAUAUAUA